AUGCCAGUUGCAAUGGAGUCCUUGGAUCAGAAGCCCUUUCGCUUGGCGGUGGGCCGAGCUGCCUGGUGGAUACCCAAUCCCGGAAGGGUAGCACGAUACCCACCCAUCCGCACUCUGGCACCCAACCACUUACCUGGAACUUCCGCGGAGGAUACGCGAAAAUUGUCAUUUGCCGCAGCUUUAAAGGAUUUGCUGCAGAACCUGUCGUUCCAUUGUUACAGCAAAUUAGUGGAGUCGGGUCGGCGGAUCCAGGAGCGUUUCUUUUGGUUCGUUUUCCACAUAACCGCUUUGACCGUGCUAAUUGCAUUCCUCUGGGGCACCUACACCAAGGAGCAGGAGGCCUUGGUGACCACCAUGUACCAUCCGAUGUAUCCCAUUUGGAAGGUGGAGUUCCCGGCCAUAUCUGUGUGCAGCUUGAACCGCAUCUCCCAACGUGCGGCCUGGCAAUAUGCCCACAAUCUAAGUGGCAAAGAUCCCAAGCAGCGCAAUGCCAGUCAUUUCUACGACCAACUGAAGGCCUUUAUGUACAUGUACUACGAUCCCUCGGAUCUGAUGGACAUAGACAAUGCUCUUCGCUUCCAGAGUUUCCUGGACAAAUUUGAUACGGCUAAAGAGGAGCUCUUCUUCAAUACAAGGAAUCGCAUGAGUGCCCUUACCCCGAACUGCAGUGACAUGUUUGUGAGCUGCCGAAUCGCCGGGCGUCUGUUCGACUGCAUGGACAAGUUUGAGACGACGCUGACCAGUCAUGGCUUCUGCUGCACCUUCAACUACGAUGGAAGAUAUGUAAAUAAAAGGGACUUUAGGCAGCGCUACUUCGGACCCGACAUGGGAUUGGUUUUGACUCUGAAAACGGACCCCAGUGACAACUUUUACAAGAUUAAUGGCCACAAUGGGUUUAUGAUCUCCAUUUUCGAGCCCCACAGCUAUCCGGACCCCUACUCCGGCGGAGUGGCCGAACGGGUGGCCGAGACCGGCUUUAACACCUUGUUGCCGGUGAGGGCUAAGAUUUUCGAGACUCUGCCCGAGGCGCUCAGCAUGAGCCCGUCGGUGCGCAAGUGUCUGUUUGAGAACGAGAUGCCGUGGAUCUUCGCCCGUCAUUAUACCUUCAGUAAGUGCAUCUCCGCCUGCAGGGCGCAGAGUGUGGUCAGCCUGUGCGAGUGCGUUCCGUUCCACCUGCCGCACAGAUACAUCGAUGGGAGCGAGAAGAGGAUCUACUGCACUCUGCAGCACCUGGCUUGUCUCAAGCGCUACGAGUUCAAGUGGUUGAACGUCAUCACCAGUCGCGAGAACGUGACGGGUCUGGAGCACGAGCUGCAGGACGCCCUCUACUGCCCGCUCUGCCUGGCCUCCUGCACGGAGACGCGCUAUAGUGUCCGGGGGGCCAUGACACUGAGCCUGCCCACUCCCAGCCAGAUCAAGGGUCCUGCGCGAAGCAAUCCCGGACCGCGUGGCAAUAACAGUUACGGCCCAGCAUCGAGUUCCGGAUCCGGAAAGGGCCCAGUCCAGUCCGCCGAGUUGGCCGUGGUGCGUAUUUAUUUUGCCGAAACGCACAUUCAAUACUUUCGCCAGAUUAUUAAGUGCGCCUGGUACGAGACCUUCAGUACAAUUGGCAACAUCUGCGGCAUUAUAGCCGGUUUCUCGCUGAUUGGCAUCUGCGAGCUGCUGUUUUUUCUAGCCAAACAAUUAUGGCAGGCAUGCCGCGCGGAGCUGCGGGCCGAGCUCGCCCACAUCCACGUCCAAAUCCGGAAUGCGCAGGUAGCGGAACCGGAAGCGGAGCGGCCGAUGAAGUUGUUUAUACUGCCGUAAUUGAGCGGGAUGCAUCGUUAACUUUAAAGCCCACUGAUUUUUAUGCACAUCCUUCGGACCUCAUGUGUACCUUCCAAGCAACUCGAGUGCACUUACUUUGCAUUGCCAUUGCCGCAUAAAAACAAACAGAACUCACGUACGAUUGCCAAUUGGCGAGGUUGCCAAAAAGGCCCAGACGGUGACAUUAGCGCCGGUUGCCGGCCAAUUGCCACAUUUCCCGGCUGGCCAGUUGCCCGAAUGGGACAGGGGUCACUCGACCAGCUAUGGGCCGCAGAUUCCGGAGUUCAGAAGAAGAAUAUACUACACAAAAAACAUUUGUUUUCACAUCGAAGGGUGUCCAAAAGUGUGCAACAUUCCUAUUGAGAGAUCCUUGGAUUCCUUUCGAAUAGCAAAGUGAAUGCAUACUUCUUGACACCAAUUUAAUUCAAUCAAGUGAUGUAAUCCAGAAACUUUGCAAUAUAAUUUC